GGAAGCCGGGGGUAAAAACGGCCAUGUCACCAGCGGUUGCGCUUGCGCCAGCCAAAACUUCAAGCAGUCCCAUUUGCGCCAUCCUCCCUUCCUCCUCCAACCAUCCAAAUCAACUCAUUUCCCCAAAAGUGAGCAACCAUGAAUGGCGCCAACGGAAUCAAUGGCCAUGCUGCUGUGCCAGCACUUUGGAGCGAGGCGCGCAAUGCUGAUGGUCGCGUCUACUAUUACAAUACCUUGACCAAAGCGACGCAAUGGACUAAGCCUGAAGAAUUGAUGACUCCAGCCGAAGUAAGCCAUUGCUCCCCUCUCCGGAAUUCAAUUUGUAUUCAUCGUUGAAAAUCUGCUAACUAUGCUUCAUAGCGUGCGUUGACUGCCCAACCAUGGAAAGAAUACACCGCAGAAGGAGGACGAAAGUAUUGGUAUAACACCGAAACCAAGCAGAGCUCAUGGGAGAUGCCCCCUGUUUACAAGGAGGCGCUUUCCAAGGAAAAUGUGAUUCAAGCUCCUGCGCCAGUACCACAGUAAGUCAAUCGUGUUACUUUGCAUAGGAUCGCAAGACUAAUCAAUGAUCUAGACAGCCUACAUUUGUAGCUGGCGGUGGAUUUUCUGCAGCUUCACAGUUCGAUCAACCACGAGACAGAGAACCCUUGGGAGAAGCCCGUCAAAUUGCAUAUGGUAAUGAUGCUGACGGAAGCCGUGCCCAAGUCUUCGUCCCUGCGAAUACCGAUCCUGACUACUCGACAUUUGAAGAAGCGGAGGCCGCGUUUCUCAAGCUUCUAAGACGUAAUAAUGUGGACCCAAACUGGACAUGGGAGCAGACCAUGCGUUCCAUCAUCAAAGACCCGCAAUACCGAGCAUUAAAGGAUCCCAAAGAUCGCAAGGCAGCAUUCGAGAAGUAUGCCGUCGAGGUUAGGCUCCAGGAGAAAGACCGUGCCAAGGAAAGGAUCGAGAAACUUCGUAAAGACUUUGCGACCAUGCUGAGAAGUCAUCCAGAGAUUAAACACUAUACACGAUGGAAGACCGCCCGACCCAUUAUUGAGGGAGAGACGAUUUUCCGAUCCUCUAACGAUGACAAUGAGAGACGCCAGCUUUUCGAGGACUAUAUCAUUGAACUCAAAAAAUCCAAUACUGAACGGGAAGUAUCGACCAAAAAAUCUGCCAUGGACGAAUUAGUUGAAAUACUGAAGUCGAUCGAUUUAGAGCCGUACACUAGAUGGUCAGAGGCGCAAGGUAUCAUUCAGACCAAUCAACAAUUCCAGAAUGACGAGAAAUUUGAAGCUCUCAGCAAAGCGGACCUGUUGACAGCCUUUGAGAACCACAUUAAGAAUCUAGAGAAAGCUUUCAACGACUCUCGACAAAAACAGAAGAAUCAGAGGUCCAGAAGGGAGCGACAAAACCGUGAUAGGUUUGUAGAUCUCCUAAAGGAGUUGAAGGCCUCGAACAAAAUCAAGGCAGGAUCAAAGUGGAGUCAGAUCCAUCCUUUGAUUGUUGAAGAUGACAGGUACCAGGCUAUGCUUGGACAACCAGGCUCGACGCCUCUUGAUUUAUUUUGGGAUAUGGUCGAGGAAGAGGAGCGUGCUCUGCGUAGUGUUCGCAAUGAUGUUCUGGAUGUUUUAGAUGUAAGCGCUCUUUCCUUUCUUUUGAGAUUUAAACCGCUAACAUUCACAGGACAAACGGUUUGAGAUCCAGCAAAAGACUGCGUUCGAGGAAUUCCUCAGCCUCAUGCAGAAUGAUCGACGAACUGCUAGCAUUGAUCGGGACGCUCUUUCGCUGAUCUUUGAACGCGUAAGUGGCCUCUCCUCCCCCGCCCCCUCGUGUAUAGAUUCUAAUGGAAUACAGCUUCGCGAAAAGGUUUCUAAACGCAGCGAGGAUGACAGAUAUCAAGCGGAACGCCAUCAAAAGAAAGCUGUGGAUUCCCUCAGAUCUUUCAUUAAGCAUUUGGAACCUCCAGUCCGUCUCGACGAUACUUACGAAAGAAUCAGACCACGCAUAGAAAGAUCUGAAGAAUAUCUAGCUAUCACCUCGGACGAGAUCAGACGUUCAGCCUUCGAUAAAUUUAUGAGACGUUUGAAAGAUAAAGAUUCACAAGAGAGUGUUGAGAAUGACCGAGUCAGGCGUCGCGACAGAGCAUCGGUCGAUCGACCGAUGCAUCUUGAAAAGGAUAGAGGUGAGAGAUCACAUCGUUCUAAUGCACGUCAUUCUAGGGCAAGUCGUAGCCCAGAACCAGAUGCGUACGAAGCAGACAGACGGAAGGCUAUUGCCGAUCGUGAGAAAAAUUAUCGAAAAGGAAGUGCGGCAGACACUUUACUUUCCCCAGGCCGUCGAGGUGAUCGAGACCGUGAUCGGGAAAGAGAAAGGGAUCGUAAUCGUGAUCUUGAUAGGCCACACCGUAGUCGUCGUGAGGACACCAUGAGCCAUUAUGAAAGAGAGAGAAGGGAUAGAGAAGAUGAACGAGAGAAGCUCUAUCGCCGACGGGGUGACCCUCGAGGUGCCAUCGACGAGCUGCCUUACGGCGAUGAGAGACCAAACUCUGGCAGAAGACGCCGUGGUGAAAGUGUCGGCAGUGAGCGGUCUUCCAAGGUACGUUUCUGGUUUGAAUUCCAAUACUUCUCACUAACGCUAUAUUCAGAGGACAAGAAGAGAAAUUACCCCACGUGAGCGAACCCCUCCUCCGCGUGAACGGCGUCUUAAGAUGCCCCCAGUGACUCUACUGCCAAAAGAGGAGCCUGCCGUCCAUUCAGGUAGCGAAGAGGGCGAGAUUGAAGAAGAGUGAAGGCGGGCGGGCAUUUCUUCAAAUCAGCUUCUGCUUGUAGGUAUCCACGCACACUGAUGCUCUUCGUCGACAAGAUGACAGUUGGGCAAAUUUUAGGAGUCAAGAUGUUCAAUUUUGCAGACACGAUUGGCGGAGCAUAAUCAUUCAAGGAGCUUUGAUUUGAAAGAAGAUCGGCGACGUUUCGGUGUGUAUCUGUUCUCUCC